UUUUUUUAAAAAGGAGACAGGAAAGGCAGCACAAGGACAUGGCUAUGCGUAGAAGUAGGGGGAAGGCCUGUCAAGUCGCUGUUGCUCUUUUACUGAAAAUUUUCCUGAAUUUAGCGUCAAAUCACAUCAUCUUCUCUCUCUCUUCAGGUUCUUGGGUUAGAGGGAUGAAGCUCUUAUUGCUGUGAAAGUUGGAGGAAUCUAGGGGAAGACUCUUCUCUCUUAACAGAUCUUUUUUCUCAGGGAUUGAUAGUGAGUUUUGGUCUUCUCAGAGGAGCAGUAAAAUGACUAAAGAUGAAGACUUUAAGCUUCUCAAGAUCCAGACCGUUAGCCUCAAAGUGAACUUACACUGUGAUGGCUGUAAGCAGAAUGUGAAGAAGAUCCUUCAAAAAAUUGAAGGGGUCUACACAGUCACCAUUGAUUCAGAGAAGCAGAAAGUUACAGUCUCAGGAAAUGUGGAUUCAGCCACUCUUAUAAAAAAACUGGCAAAAUCUGGGAAGCAUUCAGAGCUCUUGAAUCAGAAACCCAACAACUCCACAAAUAAUCAGAAUCACAAACCAAAUAACAAUCCUAAGUCACAUCAGUAUCAGCCCAUCAAAGAUAACCCUUCCAAGAAAAAUAAUGGUAAUGUCAACAACAACAACAAUAAACCUCAAGCAACCCAACCCCUCCUGCAAGGUCUCAAGGCUUUCAAGAACCAGCAAACUAAGUUCGAUUCUUUCAGCUCUGAUGACGAAUUCAGCGAUGAAGACGAUGAAGAUGACCUUAACUUUAUAGGCCAUAAGUUGAACCUUUUGAAACAAGCAAAUCCAGGAACAAAUGCAAAGAAGAAUGGUAAGAAAGAGGGAGGGUCCAAGUCCAACCAUGACAAUGGAGGGAUGAUGAAGAAUCUAAAUUGUUCAGAGUUCAAAGACUACAUGAAUGCCACAACGAGCAAUGGGAUUAUGGGAUUUGGAGCUCUUCAAGGCCUCAAUAAAGGCUUCCCUCCAACUGUUACGAACUUCAAUGGUAGCCAUGGCAAUCCAUCUUCCAUUAUGAUGAAUCCAAGUAGCUUAUACAGCAAUGGAAAUUUGCAGCCACAGGUUAUGUAUAAUAGAUCUCCUCAGAUCCCUCCCUACACUGGCUUCUACUCCCACCCUUAUUACUAUAACAUCAACAACUAUAAUAACAGCACAAGUCAUCAAUCAGAGGACUAUGGAGCUUAUAAUUACAGUAGUGAUGAGGACAGAAGCAGUUGUGCUGUCAUGUGAGUGGAGAGGAAAAAAGGAAGAAGAUGUGUUUCUAUUAUGAAGUAUGUGAUGAGUACUUAGUACUGUUCAUUUUGUCUAUCUUUUUUUUUUUUUUCUUGCUGGUGCUUUGCAAUAUCUUUCUAUUUUAGUUGCAGUUAAAACUAAGGGUGUUCUAUCCUGUCAUGCCAACAGAAUUCUCUCUUUGUGAGCAGUGAAUUGAUUCUCUGUGCUCCACUUUGUGAGAUUUGAGGGAUGAUAAAAAAUCUGUAGUUGUCAUGUUCAUGUGAUCAAAGGAGGAGAAAUGGUUAUGUAUGGAUUACAAUACAUAAGCAUAUAUUCGCUGCGUAUUGUGUAUAUAGUUAUCUACACGCUUACAGCGUAA